AUGUUAUCAUUUGUAUUGCUAAGCUCAUUCACAAACCAUCGAUACAAGUUGACACAUGUGACGCAUGCUCAUCUCCAUAGACUAUCACGGUACCUUGUGCAUGUCAGAGAGUUUUACGAGAUCUUUGACAAGCACAAUGGCAUUGAUGGUAAAGCGAUCACACUUGGAGAUCGCAUUACCAAGCUAGAGGAGAUCAAGCGGUACUUCAAUUCAAUUGAGAAUGUUUCCCAAGCGUUCAAGGACCACCUGCAGACAACUAUAGAUGGUCUCACCAAUCUCGCAGCAUGGCACAACAAACAUUUCCCACAAUCUCCAGCACUCACCAAGAUCAGUCAUCUGGGCACAAAUGCCGUCGAGUGGUACUUCAGUACCGUGCGGAGGAAGGUCUUCAAGCCCAACUUCAUGUCGUUCUAUCAGUAUCAGAGGGCAGCAUUAUUGGAGCUCAUCAAGAAGCACAAUGUUGACUCGAGAUACAAAGGACAUAAGAAUGUUUUCAACACGACCCGCAACUACAACUCAAAUCAAGAUCUGUCCUUCUGUCAAGCGUUGCUCACCGCGCUUACUCCAAAGUUCACGAGAGGUCACCAAUCCAAGUUGGACAGCCGCUCUAACGCCGCCGACACUGGAGACAAGGGUGUAGGGGCACCCGCGGGUAACAAGAAUGCUGUUCAACCGAACACAGGGAACGCUGGUAGUGCUUCCACAACCACACAGGACCAGCACUCUGUCCAAGAGCCAUCAACCCAAGGUCCAUCAAACAAGAAGCUAGAUACCUCAAGCCUCAAGUUGUUUGCCAAGGCAUAUCCAUAUUCAAGAAGCAUCUAG